AACCUAUAUUUAGUUGAGUGAGAAGCCAAUACCUAGGUACACGGCCAAACCACCGUCAGUUCGUUAGAGUCUGUGUAGCGUCGAGGAAGCUUAGUUUGUGAUAAAGCUUAUAGACUAUAAGGCAGCCAGCGCUUACAGUGGCUAUCAGGUUGAGUUGAGAGGGCCUCCAAGUCAUCUUUUAAACGACAAGACAUCCAAUAAUCCCUGGAUUGAAUCGCGCCAAGAUGUCGAAGCUGGAGAUGGUCCUGCAGUGCCCUGACGAGGAGAAACAUGCUGCAGACGCCGAGAGUGUCCGAGUGCACGGGGACAAGGUCUUCUCCUGCGGGGACGACGGCAAGGUCAAGUACGUCAGACCCAAGAAGUUGGAAGGUAUAGGCCCCUUGCCGGAUAGUGACCUGGAGAGCGUAAUUCUUCAUGGGGACAGGGUCAUCACCUGUUCAGAUGCAGGCAAGGUCAAGGUCUUCGACAGGAACCUGAAGCUCAUCAAGGACUUGGCCGCCCACGACUACGCCGUGUACGACGUCUUCGUGUUCGGCGACACCCUCUUCACGGGCAGCAUAGACACGAAGAUCAAGACGUGGGACGCCAACACCUUCGAGCUGAAGAAGACCAUCGAGAGUCACGACGAAGCCGUCCGCAGAUUCUGCACCGACGGGAAGCUGAUAUACGCCGGGGACGAGAAAGGAGAGGUACGUGGCUACACUCCCGAAGGAGAACUGAGCGUUCUGUACAAUGUAGUAGAGGAAGUGUGGAGCAUGUACGCCAAAGGUGAUCUUCUGUACACCGUCCGCGACAGAGGAAUUACGAUCACUCAGCUCAAAGGAGAAGAUAACAAAUUCUGCCACAUCCAGUCGCUGGAUGGGAGAGCACCCAUUUAUGCCAAUGACGAUUGGCUCAUCUUUCCUGAUACCUCUGGAUUGAGUCUGGAUGUUCGAGAAAAUAACAAGACAUCUGGCUUUGCCCUUAAAGGUCAACUUAAGGGUACCGAGAUGAUUGUCACAGCUGCAAGUGGCCAUGGAACAAUGGUUGUGACAGGAAGUUGGGAUUCUGAGCUUAGGCUCUGGGAUCUCCGCACAAUGAAGGAGACUGGAAGAUGCUCCAUACCAGGAGUUCCUAAUGGUAUAGCUGUUGGUGAAAACGGAGAUGUUUAUGCUGUAGGUGUUGGCGGUUUUAUCUGCAAAUUGAAGGCAUCAGCUUGAUUCACUUCCAUACUUUCCUUUAGAUUAGAGUCGUGCAAAAAAAUAUAUAUGUAUAUGUACGUAUACAGUACAUAAGAUUCUUC